CAUUGAGUGGCUUCCACACAGAGCCUGGUGGGACUCUGCAACAGCAACACAUCCAGCCUUCCUCCAGGAGGAGGAAGAGGAGGAAGCUUCCCAAGGGCUACCUGGGUAGUAAGGGCAUUGGAGGGAAGAGGAGGAGGAGGAGGAAGAAGAAGAAGAAGGAGGGGGAGGUCAGGAGGAAUUAAGGCACAUCCCAUUGGCCCCCCUCCUUUGCCUGGUGGGAGAUCUUUUUUUUUGGGGGGGAAAGGACCCCAAACUGCUUCUUUUUUCCCUGCCUUUUAUUUUGGUGUGCAUUGCCCCCCCUCCUCUGGAAUUGAGCAAUCUGGGAAAAUCAGUUUGUGUGUAUAUAUAUAUAUAUAUCAAUAUAUGGGAGAUCAUUGAGCUCCAGCUCUGAAUGAAGCAAAAGACCACACUGAUUUGGGAAGAGGCUCCACUGCAACCCAGCUCUCAUUAAAAAGCUUGGAUUUCAAACCAUGCAUUUCUCUUCAUGCCCUUCGUAGGUUUUUCUUUCUUUUUUCCUUCUCUUCAUUCCUUCCUCUACCCCUCCUUUUUUUUUCUUUUGAGGUUUUUUUUUUUUUUUACUUCUUUGGAAAUGUCAUUCAAACAGGAGCCUUGUUGGGAAACAUUUUGGAAAAAUCCUAACAGUCCAAAAAGGGUGUCUGAAAGCCUCCUUCCCAGCCCUGGUUUCUUGUUUGGGGUCACCAAAGAAGCAUCUGGGCAUCCUGUUUUAGAGGACAAGAGUGUUUGAUUUUUGUUUCAUUUUUCCAUCAAGGAAACUUCACAGAAAAUGACGUUUCUUAUUCAAAUGCCUUUCAAGACAGAGGAAGGAAGAUUUCUGAAAAUAAUAUUUUUCUCGUAAACCUUACAUGUGGAAUACAGUGUGGGCUGCGUUUUAAAUCUGGUUUCCAUUGUGGAUCACAAACUGAAGAGGAAACACUGGGAAGGCGGAAAUACCUUUGAGACCCUGAGGACUCCCCCACACCUCAACCAAUGGAACUGCAUGGAGUAAAACAACUGGAUUAUAUAUAACCACACUUAUUACUACUGGCUCCUUUAUUUUCUGGGUGGGUGGGGGACAUUUCAUCUGCUUCUAGGUUCCUCCUUCUCCCACAUCCUUACUCCUCAUUAUCCAUGAUGGCUCAUCCAGGGAUAAGAGGUUACGAUAACAGGGAAAUAGUGCUGAGGUACAUCCAUUACAAGCUGUCGCAGAAAGGAUAUGACUGGGUUGCCAGUGGAGACGGGGAAAACCUUUCCACCAUGUCGCCUGCUGUUGCUGCUGCUUCUAGGACCAUCCCAGCCCCUGCAGGGCUGGCAUCUCGUUCUUCUGAGUUGCCUGGUUCUGCUCCUGUGAGUACCAAUGCCCCUGGGGAUGAACCGUACCCAGUGCCACAGGUUGUCCACUCAACUUUGCGCCAAGCUGGAGACGAGUUUUCGCGGCGCUAUCGGAGGGACUUUACUCAGAUGUCAGGGCAGCUGCACUUGACCCCGAGUACUGCCAGAAGUCGCUUUGUGGCCGUGGUGGAAGAGUUGUUCCGAGAUGGUGUGAACUGGGGGAGGAUUGUGGCAUUCUUUGAAUUUGGUGGCAUGCUCUGUGUGGAGAGUGUCAGUCGGGAGAUGUCGCCUCUUGUGGACAAUAUCGCUGUGUGGAUGACUGAGUACCUGAACCGGCACCUGCACAACUGGAUCCAGGACAACGGAGGAUGGGAUGCCUUUGUGGAGCUCUACAGCGACAACGUGAGGCCUUUGUUCGAUUUUUCAUGGCUGCCUCUGAAGACGAUCCUGAGCCUGGCGGUUGUGGGUGCAUGCAUCACUCUUGGAGCUUAUCUGGGGCAUAAGUGACUUCUACCAGCUUGUGAUGAACUGGCGAAAAAGUCUCUAAGUCUCUCUCUUUUUUUAAGGAACUGAAAAAUGGGGAGCUGGGAGAAGAAAAUAAUAUCUGGUAAUCUCCCCCCCCCCUUCCUCCGCUGCCCUUGUAGCAUAAUGCUAUUAUUUUAUUAUUUUAUGAGCCAAGUAUCUUUCUCUUUAAAUAUUAAAUCAGCUAUUACUGCCAAAGGGUAUAUUCAUUUAUUUUUUACAAUGCAGAAGAAUUAUUUAUUAAAGAUAUUUUACAUUUAACCUGCUAUUUUCCUGAAAUUCUGCAAACUGAACAACCAUAGUAACAUUAUCGUAAUGAACUUUUGAGGAGACUCCAAAGAUCUUCAGCAUCCUAGCAAAUAUUAUAUUCAACAAACUUAUUUUAUCACAGUAGAUUUCAGAACGAGCCGCACCCAAACAUAUGCGUCUUAUUCUUACAAAAGACAAUUAAUGAGCUGCUAACCCCAAUGUGGAUUUUCCAGAUUGUUUAUUAACUCUGCCUGUGGAAGGGGUAUCCUGAAACGCAGCAAACAUGAAAUUCAAGCAACUGCAACCUUUAGGAUAUUAUGAUUCAACAUGGUACCUAACCUAUAUGAGAAGCUGAUGGGACAUCAGGCCAGUAAUAGUCUAUAUAGCAAGUGCCCAUCCCCUCUCCCCACCAUGCCAAUAACUGUAUUUUAGAAGGCUCCCCAACAGGACCACAGCCGGAAAUAAGGGUUUCUACAACCUGUGAAUCAUCAUGUUUUAAGCUAUGGUGUGCCAUCAUACACCAGACUAGGUCCUCAUUUGGAGGGAGCCAUUUUGUGUAUCCUCAAGCUAAAUGCCUGGCAUGAAGUAACUAGGCAUUACAAGACAUGGCUGCUACAAUGUAUUCUUCUACCAUAACUUUGUAUGGUAACAACAACCAUCAGGAAACCAUAAGUGCCUGUGCCUGCCUCGCAAGAUCUGCCUCCUAGGAGCCCCAGCAUAAUUUUAUCCACCACUGAUCCCAGCUUUAGAUGCUGGAUACUUCUCGGGGAGCCUUGAAAGCAAUUUGCUUUGCUUUCUUAAUAAUGUCUCGGAGUCAAAAGAAAGAUUUGAGAUUCAUUUGGCAAGAAAAGACUGAUCAGCUGAGAGAGAUUAGCUAUGACUUUCCCUCUGCAUUGGAAUAAAUGCCAACUUUAAAUUCUCCCACCCUACUUGAAUAUUUCAGAAGAAGAAACUGGCAAAACCACUUCUGAGUAUACCUUGCCUAAGAAAACCCUAUAAAAUUCACCAUAAGCCGACUGGUGACUUGAGGACACAUAAUACACACAAUUGGACCUUUAUAGUCCUCAGAAAUACUUCAUCCUGGUUCUUGCAUAAGGGCAUCUUCAAAAGGAAAGAAGAUAAAGAAGCCAUCCGGUGCCUCAGUCUGGAGAGACUCACAAACACCUGGCUCGCUGAGGUGCAUAUUGUCAUUUGCAUGGAAACCUUGGAAUGGCAGGGGAGUAGGGUGUUCUUACUCAGAAAUCACUCUAAACAAGAUAAACACAACAUACUUAAGACAGCUGUUCUGAUAAUACAUAUUGUUGUUAUGUGAUCCUAAGCUGGUAUGGGAGGAGAAGUUGCUUAAGGGCAGAACCUGCACUCAAUAUCUCCACUGUUGGGCACCUGCCAAGGCUCACAUCCCAGUGGAGGCCCACUGGGAACUUCCACUCUUGCCCCCUAGCCCUGCUGUUCCUCCUUGCUCUUAUUGCACGUUCACCUGCCCUCCCAACUAUGUAAGAAACAAUAAGGAGAAAUUGUAUCAGCGUCAAUUUCCCUUGAUCCUAACCUUCUGGGCUAUGGUAAAAACUGGGCUCAAAGGGUGAGGACAAACAAAUGGGGCAGCAGUGACAGUGGCAGGGAUGGAGCCCCACCUGGAGGCAUAAGGUCACAUUGCUCAAAGGUAUCCCCUAUCUGCAAAUGUUCAUCCCUUAGGAUGCAGUGGAUUUUUUUCAUUGCUAACAUUCAAGUUAGCUAUGCAUUCAUUUAAACCACUUGAGGGAGAUUUAGCUCCUAAAGCAAAAAUUGGGUUAUUUCUUCCAGUCAUGUAUUCAAAGAUGACCAUCACUUCUGUGAAGAUUAUUGUGAGAUUGAGUCCAAUGGCCCAUUAGCCCAGUUAAUAACAACCAUAGUGGCCCAUUGAUUCAGUAGUGCAUAUAUGUGCUGAAAGAAGCCCAUGUGGACAGCUGGUACUUUUGCACAUGCUGAGAGCUUUUCCACAUUUUGUUUCUAGCAUUUGCCCUUUGACAUUAAAUAGGACUGUGCACUGGACACUCUCCGCUAGCUCCAGCCUCAAUUACUAGUUUUUGGGAAUUUUUAGGAUAGAAGCUGCAGUGAGGGGGGGGGGAUCCAGAAAAAAAUCUCAGCAGAUGAAAAAUGCCAACUCACACUCUCUUCUAUGGCUCCCAGCCAGUGAGUUUAGGAGCAAUGUGAUUAAAGCAGCAGCUUUGUAAAUUUAUGGAAGGGAUACAAGUCCAGAAGAAACAAAGGUCUGAUUUAGAUGCAGUAGAUGUGCUUGACAUCUAUGAAUAUCCUUCUUAUUCUUUGUAAAAGUGUUUUCUCUCAAAUGGGUUUUCAUUACUUUGUUUAUAAAACUGUAAAGAAAUAGAAUUUAUGGAAUAAUAUUGAUUUAGUGAUUAAACGUCAAAAGUCUGGACUGAAGUUAUAACAGACAUGUACUUAAGAUGAUGUAGCAAAAAAAACUUGCAGAAAUGUGGGUUCAACAGCUCUUAAGUGGAAUAUCUUAUUUUGUGACAUUAUAUGCAAAGAAAGGCCCCAGGGAAUGUAAUAUAUUCAUAGCUAAGGCUGUGGUUUAUAUCAUGUUUUCAAAGCUGGAUAUAUAUAAAUAGAUAUAUAGAUAGAUAUAGGCAGAAUCCAUCAGGAGGCUGCUCUUGUUCAGCGUGUGUUUCAUUGGCACAUAUGCAGGAGAAUUUGCCAGUGGAUUAUGUUCAUUGUGUUUUAUACAUCUCAAGAAUUGCUGUAGCCACUUUACAGUUAUAACACUUGGGUCCAACAUUUCAGGAAUGACCAUGAAGUGAAGCUCUUAACAUUUCACACCAGAAAGAAAUAUAUAUUCACUCCCUAUUUUAACUGAGGUUUCUAGAUGCUAAGCAAUGUCUGUUUCAAUGUCUGUUUAGCUUUUCUAAAGCUAAAAAGUUUCUUUUUACAUCUGAAAAUUAUACAGCUGUGCACAGAGCAAGCUCAAAAAUCGAGGCACAUCCCAACUCCUACAAGAGUCAACUGCAUUUAAAUAAGCCUAACAUCUACUGAAUUGUCUAGAGAAUUAAUAUGUGUAGUAACAAUAGCUGACAUUCUAUUGGUGAAUUAUGAUGGUGUAAGUCAGAUUUAUAGCAUCACAGCUUAAUUUUUUGGUCAUUGUAAAAUGACCACCCCACACCACCCCUAAAAAAAACACAUCUUAUAAGCAGUGUGGCCCCUCCAGAACAGCCAUUUCUGUGUUUUCAGAGAGUGGUGGGAUGCAUGAGGAGGAAUUCAACUAUUUUUCUGUACCCAGAGGAACAGCAGCAUCCUCCCACAAUUUUUGCAGACGCCUGUUGCUGUUUGUCCACCUCAUCUACUGCUCUCAAGUAACAAGGAAAUGGUGGUGAGCUUUGGGAGGGAGGCUAGCAUUGGGAGACAUGCCUACUGAUAGUCAGCUGUGUGAUACAUGGACGUCUCCUGAUGGAGGAUCUCAGCCAAUGUGUUACUUUUCCAACUCUCUACUAUGGGUUCAAUUAAGAAGGCUUGUACAGGUAAUGCCUUAAAGGGCGUACUUUUGCAUUGCACAAAGAACCUUCUGUACAUCACAGAAGCUCCAGCUCUCAGUGAUUGGCAUCUUUGUUGAGUGCCAAUGGCCUUAUCAAGCUAUGAUUCACAUCUCUGCUUGUCACUUAAUUUCUCAUCGUCAUUUAGUUACUCAUUACUUAAUGACACUCAGCCUGGUUUGGUGCUGAGUUCAGCAUAACUUAAUUAAAGCUUGGGAAAUUGCCUUUUGGGCUACAACUCCCACAGGCACAUAUCCACUGGCCAUGUUAGCCAAGGGAUUCUCUGAGAUGUGUUUAAAAAAAGAAAAUUAACUUUCCAUACUCUGAACUCAGUGGGCUUCAGAAUCCCCAAAUGCAUAUAACCAAGCGGGCAAUCUAAUUGUAAACCAUCUCAUCUUUAAAUUUCUCUCUUUAGGUUGGCAUUUGGGUAAUAUGAUACAUACACACAAGUCAUGAUGGUCAGCAAGAAAUCACCAGGCAUCUUGUUUAAUUCAGUCUCUCAUGCAAACGUAUCCUAGGAUGCUGUCCUGGAGUUCCAAGAGAAUGGACAAGAAUGAUUUGGCAAUAUUCAGUACUGUACCAUGUACUACAUCUGUUCAAAAGUGUCACAGCAGGGCAUAGGUGAGACAGGGAUGUGAGCUGCAGGGACAAGCUCACUCCUCUCUAUUCUUACCCUGAACUGCUGUAUUCCUUCAGGUAUCUCUAGUAUCUGGGAUAAGACUGAUAUGAGCCACAUGGGGAAGCCCACUGCGGGAGAAAGGCAGGAUAUAAAUCUUGGAAAUAAAUGAAAUAAAAGCCAAAGACAGACUUGGUUCUUUUGAACAAUGCUUAGAAAUGUUACUCUUUGAAAUGCCUCUCUAGGUCCAUGGCCAAUUCACAUGCUGGCUGGGAGAUUUUGGGAGCUGUAGUCCAGGAAAGGCCUUUUUCCUUGCACAACUCAGAUUUUGAACUAACAAACAAAACAGGCAACCUGAUUGUAGGAGCCGUUUCGAAUAGAAUGGCAGAAACAAAGUAAAGUAGCUCUAACACAUAAGGAGAAGAGCAAUAUGAUGUUGCUGUCUUCUUCUCCUCCUCUGUGUGACACUGUUUUCUUUUCUGCCCCCAUUUCAGUACAGAAGGUUGCAAGAUUCAACUUUUGGAUAAAGAAUAAUAGUCAUAAGAAAACAUGGCAGUGGGUUCAAGCCCUACAUUUCACACUGUCUUCAAUUUCCAAAUGAUAAAUUGCAAAUUGUCUAUCAUGGAUUGUGGACCUCAGAUAAUCUCACUAAAGAAUUGUUCAUUUUUAACAAAAGGUUUACAGUGAAACUUUUAAAAAAUGAUAAAAAGAAUUGUAAAAUGCCUGUGCUGCUACACAACCAAGAUUAUUUGAACAAAGUUUAUUUUGUUGUUACCACUCAAUUCCAAUAUUUUUCAAAGCUGCUUUGAACAUCAUUUGAAGUACUCAUAAUAUAGGCAGUUAGGGAGAUGCUGCCAAUGGAUGCUUUCUUGGGUUGUGUCUACUGGGUUUCUCAGCGUCUUAAACAACUGUAUGCCAGAGAUCCAGAUGGCUUUUGAUAGUUUGAGUUUUAAAGAGACCCAUCAGUGAUGGUCUGUCCUCCACUUUCUUCUUUGCUGCAGAAUUGUACAGUAUUGUGACUGCACUCACUAUAAAGGACAGUUGAUAUUGCUAAUAUCCAUAGAAAACAUAUUUAGAAGGCAUGAAUGUAUAUAAAAGCUUGAAGCUGCUCUCCUCCUUAGCUUUUUCACCAUGACUUGACAGUGUUUUCUCCUCCCCCUCCCCCAGGUCAACAAAUGUGGUUUAGGAUGAAAAAAGAAGGACUUGGAAAACACAAACUUUACUAUUCCAAAUCAUCUGUUCAGCACUUUCAUCCUGCAUUGUUCUUUACAAUUUCCAUCAUUAUUCCCCUGACAGCUUCCUUAUGAAAUAAGCCAAUAUUUUGUAGCUGGGAAUAAAGGCUCAAGCAGCAACCCCUUUACACCAGGUCCUAUGAAACUCUAGAUGUUUUUCAACUUCUGUUCCUAUUAGCCUUGCCAACAGUGAGUGGAAUCAUGGAAGCAGAAGUUCAUCAACUCAUGUUCCCCGUUCUUGCUAUAUGCACAUACCUGGAUGUCGCUGUAUUCAGUGGCAUGUCCAAGUUGUGCAGUGCUUAGCAUUGUCUUGAUGGCAACUUUUCCAAGUCCACAUAACGGAUUCAUCACAUAGGUAGAAAAUGAGGCAGUGUGGUGCAUCAGGCCUUGGGAGCCACAAAUAUGGCCCUAAGGCCUACAUGUGGCCUGCAGGCUGGGCUUUCCACACUCCUGAUAUACAGGGACCAGCAUUGGCUAACUUACUGAAUUUAAAGUAUCUGUUUAUCUGAUGGAAGUUAGCAGUUUCAUUCAUGUACCUCUUUCAGCCACAUUCUUUUAGCCCUGGAAACCUGUCUACUGGUGUUUUUUAAAACUGAAAUGUAAUAGACAUGACCCAUUCAUGAUUCAUAUGCAAUGCUAUCAUCCCCACCAGAGCACAACCUGUGUGCACCUGCCUUGCCAUCCAUGCAUGAGCAUGCAUAAUGCAACAUCAUGGUGAGAUGGGCAUUCUGUAUGUGUCUCCCCUACUCCCAUUUGACCUUUCCUCCCUGUGCUUUGUGGAUAAAUGCUACUUAGUGCUGAGAAGAAGGCUAAGGAAAGAGAGGGAAGCCACACACAAAUAAGUUCCCAUUCCCCAUGAGUGCCCCAGGAAUGGACAGUAUGUAUGGCCAUUCCAAAUUGAACUGCACUAUUAGCUUUGCUGGUUCAGGCUGAUGGCAGUUGCAGUCCAAUAUAGAGAAGGCCGUAAGCUGCCAUUCCCAGUAAGGAGGGAGACACUGUACCUAUAGAAUGGAUUGCAGCCUUCUUUUUAUUCUGUUUGAAUUUUAUUUAACACAGCAGCAUUGUAAUACGCAGGUCUGAGUUUUAUUUCAGUGUUUUGGAUGCUGUGUGUAAUUUUUAAAAAAUAGUUUGCCUGUUUACUAUCAUUUAUUAAAAUAAGUACAUUGUUUUGUUUUGAAAUUGUCAUAAAUCAUGCUGCCACUAAGCAUUCCAGAUAAUUUUGUGAGAAAAAUAAAAUAAAGCACACUAUGAAAAAUUGG